AUGAGCCACCUCUACAGCCCCCACCUCUCCCCCAUGGGCUCUCCGUCCAUGCUGUACCUCCCGGCAGCGCUGGGCUUUGCCCCCAGCAGCGCGAUCACCCGGCAGGACCCCCCUCAGAAGCCCCCCUACAGCUACAUUGCCCUCAUCGCCAUGGCCAUCAAGGAGGCUCCGGAGCAGAAGGUGACCCUCAGCGGUAUCUACCAGUUCAUCAUGGACCGCUUCCCUUUUUACCACGACAACAAGCAGGGCUGGCAGAACAGCAUCCGCCACAACCUCUCCCUCAACGAUUGCUUCGUCAAAGUGCCCAGGGAGAAGGGUCGGCCGGGGAAGGGCAGCUACUGGACCCUGGAUCCGCGCUGCUUGGACAUGUUCGAGAACGGCAACUACCGCCGGAGGAAGAGGAAGCCCAAAGCUUCGGGGCCGCCGGAGGUUCGCAGCGGCUCGGCCCCCCCCGACGGCGGCCGCCCCGACGAGCCCAAGCGGGCCAAGGGGAGCGGGACGGGGCAGAACCCGGCGGGGGACUCGGCCGAUGAGGGGGUUGCGAGGCCGGCCGCGGGGCGGGGGGGAGGAGAUGCUGUCCCCGGGUGUCUGGAUCUGGGCGGUGCCGCCGCUCCCCGACCCCCAGACGGCCCGGGGGGGCCUCCCGCCGCCGGCGCUGGGCUCAAGAGGGGCCGGAGCUUCAGCAUUGAGAGCAUCCUCGCCCAGGGGCUGCGGCAGAACCCCCCCGGGAACACCCCCAGGGCCCGGGAGAGUCCCGUCGGUUCGCUGGUGGCCAGCGGAGGCUUCGGCUCGGCCCUCAACGCCUCCCUCAUGCUCGACUCCCAGGUGCACGGGAGGCUCUACCACAUCGGCAUCCCCUUCCUCUCCUGCUUCCCUUUCCACUUCUCCGAGGCGGUAUUUAAUUUCCAGUAGUUGCCCCAGUAACGUUGCGUGCCCUCCUCCCCCCCUCCCCCCCCCUUGGAGGGAGAGCCCGGACUCGGACCUCGCCACGCGG